CACAUGCUGAUGUAGUCUGUAGUCAUCUGUAGUAGACGUAAUCAGACAGACGUAAUAUUCUCGUCGUGUCGUGAAUAACAAUGCUAUUGUUGAAUAUUUCAAGCUAUCCCGCGGCGAUCGUGCAUCUGCAAUGAGCGCGCACGUGCUCGCGCUCGGCGUAUUAUCGAACGGUUUUUAUUAUUUAUCAUGAUUAUACGCAAGCUCAUGCCGUAGAGCGCCCCACCGCGCCAUUUGGGGGUUAUAGUGCUCCCGUUCUGAUGUUACCUUGGAAGUGGCUGGCCGAGAGUCGUCGCGGUUACGUAUACGAGACUCGUGAUGCGGCGGCACGAAACGCACGAUAACAUUAAUUAAUCGCGAUUAGUCAUCCAGUCCAGUCGCUGCUCUACAGUGCCAUGUCCUUUUAGUGCGAGCGAGAGGUUUGAAUGCGGGUCGACUGUAGAUAGGGUGACGCGCUGUGAUUUUUCGUUUUACACAUUCAUCAUGACCAAAGAGACGAUGGAGUUGCACGAGGCUCGUGCCAGAAGACAGUCGUGCCGCGGAUUUUGCCACAGCCUACCGGAACGCAUAUCCAGGACGGUAGAGCAUUUCUUUUAUCGGCUUGGAGUGCACAUCGCCCAAAAUCCGUACAAGUGGAUGCUCGCAUGCUCCGUGGUAGUAUUAAUUUGUAUCCUCGGCCUGUUACGUUUCCGGCAGGAAAAGAAUCCCAUCAAGCUUUGGGUCCCACCGGAUUCUGACUUUGUAACAACCACUAAGUGGCUAAUGUCGCAUUACCUGGAAACCCUGCGAAUUCAGUCAUUUAUUCUAACUAGUGAUAAUGUCUUAGAACAGCAAACGCUUAUUAGGUUAAAUGAGAUCACUAAACAAAUGACUUCUGUUCAGACACCAGUCGAGAAUAUUUCUUGGACAGAUGUCUGUAUGAAAAUUCCUGUUAUUACUGGUGCUAUGUAUAGAAGUAAGAGACAAAUUUCUUUCUUGGAAGACGAUUUUUUCGAAGAUGAUCUUGAUUCUAAAGUUAAUCAAACAUUUGAACCUGCCGUUCAUGUUGAUAGUAAUAUAUAUUGCAGCGUAAUUGAGAGUUUACCUAAGGGCUGCCUUUUGCUUAGUUUGUUGGAUAUAUGGGAUUUUGAUAGUGCUAAAAUUGCAAAAGAUUCCACAGAAGAAAUUAUAGAAAAGAUAAAUACAGUAAAAGUGAGUCCUACAUUGGGUCAUGCCAUGAAUUUCAAUGAGCUUCUGGGAGACGUGACUCUAGAUGAAAGAGGUAGGAUUAUUGCGGCGACAGCUAUAAGAACUGAUCUGAUGGUUCAUAUUAGUUUUCUCAAUGUAAACAUGGAUAAAGUUGGAAACAUGGCGGGAACUGCUGAUUGGGCAACAGACGAAGUAAUGAAAUGGGAAUCAGCUUAUCUGGAAAAUAUGAAAAAUCUUUCGUAUCAACUGCAAAGCGAGAGAAAUACAAAUAAUUCCUUGAUGCUUUAUUAUUUUGCUGGCAGAAGUUAUGGAGAUAUUUCCGGCACAACCAUAUUUCAAGAUAUAGAUAUAUUAAUGAUAGGAAUUUUUUUAAUGUUUUUAUAUGUUUUGACAAUUUUGUCGAAUUAUAAUUGGGUAGAAUGGCGGUUUUGUCUUACUAGCACCGGUCUUUUGUGCGUGGGUGCUGCGUUUAUACUUGCGGUGGGCGUAUGCUCUUUAAUCGGAAUCCCAUACGGUCCUGUGCACACAUCGUUGCCAUUUUUGCUCUUGGGUCUAGGGAUAGACGAUAUUUUUGUAAUUAAUGCAUCUUGGAAGAAGAUACAUGUUGAUGAAUCAAACUUAAAUAAGCCACUAACAGAAAGAAUCGGGCUUACGUUAGGUCAUGCCGGUUCUGCUAUCAGUAUUACUUCACUUACCGAUGUUGUGGCAUUCGUCAUUGGUGCUUCUACAAUAUUACCGUCACUUCAGUCGUUUUGUAUCUACGCCGCAAUGGGAGUGUUUGUGACAUUUUUAUUACAAAUUACAUUUUUUAUUGCCUGCUUUACUUUGGAUGCUAGAAGAAUAGAACAGAAGAGAAAUGGUACAUUACCAUGUAUCGUACAUGAAAAUUUUACGCCCAAGUCAUUAGACGUGAGCAGUGCAUUUUCCUGGAAAUUGAUAAACUUCUUGUAUUCACGAAUAAUAUUGACUACACCAGGGAAAAUUAUUAUAGUAUUAAUUACUCUUGUAACGAUGUCUACAAGUAUCGUCGGUUUACUUCAACUGCAACAAUGGUUUGAUCCAAAGUGGUUAUUACCAAAGGAUUCGUAUUUGUACCAAUAUAUAACUGUCCGAAAUGAAGGAUUUUCUAAUCAAGGAUUUGAAGCCUUUGUUGUUAUGGGAGAUGAUAUUGAUUACUCUUCUGAAUUUUCUAAAAUAAUAUCUAUGACAGAACGCUUACAGAACGCGUCUUUCAUACUAAGCCUAGAACCUUGGCCGAUUGACUUCGCAAAAUUCGUAUCGAUGUAUUAUGCUACAGAUUUAAAGACUACGAAGAUCUCAGACGACAAAUUCGAUCAUUAUCUGUCGCAAUUUCUUUUUAGUCGAGCUGGCGGCAAAUAUCAGAGAAAUUUCUCUUUCAAAGAGAAGUUCAGGUGCGGUAGGAAUAUCCCACGAAUUGUAGCAUCAACUAUUGAGUUCAAAUUUAGACAAUUUGCGGGCCCUCACGAAUGGAUUCCAGCGAUGGAUAAUAGUAAACUCCUAACGAAUGAAGUACAAAUUCACGGAUUCGUUACGGUGUGGUGCAAAAUGUUUGGACUUUGGACUACCGAUAAACUAAUCAGUCAAGAGCUGUUCCGAAACAUUAUCCUGGCAUUAGUCUGCGUUAUGGGGACUACGGCGUUUCUCAUCGCCGAAGUGCAGACUUGUUUUUGGAUCUUACUCUGUGUACUUCUCACGCUGCUAAAUGUUUGCGGCUUCAUGUAUUUCUGGGACCUAACAAUAGACAUUACGUCCUGCAUUGGUCUUGAGUUGGCCGUCGGUUUGAGUGUGGAUUACGCCGCACACAUCGCACACGCUUUCCUGAACGCCGAGUCGCGAGAGAAUGACGAUGAUCCUCGCAGGAUCCGGACAAUGAUCGCGGUCAGGCACAUCGGCGCAGCGGUUGCGUAUGGCGCGGGCUCGACAUUCCUCGCCGUCUCAUUGCUGGCCUUCUCGUCGUCCUACGUGUUCGUCGCCUUUUUCCGGAUAUUCUUCCUAGUAAUUUUGUUUGGGCUCUGGCACGGGCUGAUCUUACUGCCGGUCGUGUUGAGCAGCAUCGGGCCGAAAGGUUUACGUGUGACGCAACAACCGCAACCGAUGUCCGAGAAAGCCAUUGCUGCGACCGAUGAUGAAGAUUGAAACGGAAAAUAUAGACAAUUUGUUCAGGCACAAUCGUCUUUCUUUAUCAAUAAUAUUUAUUUUUGGUUCAAUAAACAUACAAAAUUAUUACACUAUCCGUACUAUUAAUCACACAUUUAUACAAAAAUAAUAAUUAAUAAUAAUAAUGAUAAUAAUAAUACGUCUGAUAACUUAAAAA